CUAUAUAGUUUGUGGUACUCUAUACUAACCUCAAUUUCGGACUUUCGGUACUUCGGUAUAUCUUACGUGAGGAUUUAGUGCACGACCCUCGAAGAUGCCCAUUGAGUCCUGAAAUUCAAGUGGUUUGUGCAUUACGCAACUGGGCUCGCCAUGAAGUAAGUGCUGUUUAUAAUCUUGGUGGGGUCAAUGUACCGAACAUUACGCUAGAUAAAAAGCCAAAAAAUACAUAUUAUUGUUUUAUUCGUAAUUCAAGACGAUACAGCUGAUUUACAUGGUGUGUCUCGACCAGUAGUCAGUAGGACAUGUAAAAAAGUAGCGGAAAUUUUGUCACGGAAGUCCCGAGAAUUUAUUAAAAUGCCUACUACUUUAAAUGAACAGCAGGAAACCAUUAGGAAAUUUCGCAGUAUGGCUAAUUUUCCUACAGUAAUUGGCGCAAUUGACUGUACUCACAUACGAGUAAAGAAAGUGAAUGCUGAUGGGGGUCAGUUAUAUAUUAAUAGAAAAGGAUUUUCUUCAAUUAAUGUAUAGGUGGUUUGUGAUGCUGACCUGAAAAUCAUGGACAUUGUUACCAGGUGGCGUGGUAGUGUACAUGACUCCAGAAUAUUCCGAGAAUGUAGACUAAAACAGAGGUUUGAGGCUGGUGCAUUCUCUGGAAUAUUACUUGGUGACAUUGGCUAUCCUUGUACUCCUUACCUAUUUACACCGCUGCUGAACCUCACAACACCACAAGAAGAAAGAUAUAAUAGGAGCCAUAUCCGUACCAGGAACACAGUGGAAAGAUGUUUUGGUUUGUGGAAGCAAUGGUUUCGUUGCCUAUUAAGAGGUAUGUUUGGAGAUAUUGAAAUAGCAAAAAAAACAAUUGUUGCAUGUGCUGUACUAUACAAUAUGGCCAUCGACAUGAGAGAAGAUGUGUUUUCUGGUGAGAGAGAUAGCAUUGAACAAUAUUCAUCUGAACCUAUAGUACAAAGAUAUAUUGCACCAUCAAUAAGGGGAAAUAUUAGGAGAAGACAGUUUAUUGAAACUCAUUUUCAGUAGACAUAAUACCCAUUUAUAAAGGAAAAUAUUUCUGCAGAGCCGUUGUCAGCUGUCAAAGAAUAACGACUACAUAUUCACCAAUAUGAAAUAAAUUCAGGGGAGUAUUGUGAUAAUAUUUCAUUUAUUGAGCAAAAUGUUUUUAUUUAGGCUAUAAAUGAUUGUGUUUCAGGGAAAGAUGCGGGGUACAGCACAUUCCACAUCAAUAUGAAGCUAUAUUAUAUAAAGACUUAAGUGCUGUAGAGAUAUGUUUAGAUUUUUUUAACACGGGUCCACGGGGAGUAGGACUGUAUGAUGACUAAGUAAUUAGGUUUAGUUUUUUUUAUUAUAGUUUUUCACUAUUGUAUAUUAUAUUUCAUUGUUAUGUAAAUAAAAUGCAUAUUAAUUAUAAUUAUUUAUUUUAAUUAUUCAUAAAAGAUGUACAAAUAUUUGCAGCAAUUAAGUACCUGAAAAUAAUAGUUUCAUAUAUGAGGAUAUUUACAAACAUGUAUCUGAUAUAGUCUCAAAUAUUUAGUUUUUUUUUAUAGGAUACACACACACACACACACACAAACACACACGCACAAAAAACACACACACACAAAAUCUGAUGUUAAGUAACUGCUGUGGUGCAUAGACGUCCACAUCUAUCCUCGACUACAAAUCAAAAUGCAGAUGCGUUGUCACCCGUGUGGAGUAAGAUGGAAUGCCUCGUUUCCUGUAAAAGAGGUCUCUCUCAUACAACAUUUGUACAAAAUUUAUCCAAAAUUUGUCAAUAAACAAGUUUAAAUGUUUUAUUAAAGAAAAAUUUUAUAAAAAGGUUAUUAUAAUAUUAAAGAAUACAUAAAUGAAAAUAUUGGAAAUACUGGAAUUGAGGUGAUCGCCACCAUGGUGGUUCUAUUAAAAUUCAUUUAAAAAUUGCACAAAUAAAAUUAUUGUUAAGAGAAAUAUGUUUAUAAAAAAGUCCCGCUGGGUUUCUUACUAGUUCUUCCCAGGACUGAGGUAUUUUCCGAACCAGUGGUAAAUAAAAAAUGUCUUUCAAUAAGUAUUCUGUAAUAAUCUAUAUUUAAUAAAAAUCAUUCUAUUCUAUUCUCGUUCUAUACACUCACCAUAAUAAACACAGCAGCGUUAAGCUGCUAUUUAACUUGUGUUUUUCUGACUUUCUAAUAAAGAUAUUUGUAACUCUAAUUUUCUAAUUUUUAGGUUAGCUAUUUUAAUAUUGUAUUUAUGUUCCUCAUCCAUCAUUUCCAGUUGUCUUUUUUUAAAAUCUGUGUUACUUUUUACAAUUGUUUGGUGUACAUCUUCUUUUCUGUAAAAUGAAAUGGAAUACUUAAUGUAAGUUUUGUAGUUAUUUUAGACAUUUACAAAGUAUUCUAGAGUAAUAAAAGUGCACUUAACCUUGUACACCAAUUAAAGAAAUACUUUUUAAUUAUUUUUAAAUCAAUUCAUAUUAAACUUUGCGCUUUUAAUAUUUGAAAACAUGAAACAAUUUUCAGUGUUUAAAUACUAAUUAUCACAUUUUAAAAAGUAUGUAAUGUAUCAGACUAUGUAAUUUUUUCAACAUACCUAUUUUGCAAGCUAUUUUUCCUGUUUUUAAUUUUUGUUAUACCCCUAGUUAUAACAGUUUUAUUGUUGGUUAUUUUCACCAUUUUGGCACUUUCUUCUGUAUCUGUAGUUGGAUCUAUCUCUAAAAAUUAAUAUAAAUAUAACAGUUUUAGAAAAUUAACAUGUAUAAUAUUUACAAACUUGUGUGCAUAUGAUUGUAACUAUAAUAAUAAUCUAUUUUGCUUUUUAAUAAAUAUUCAAUCAGUAUUAUUUACCUUGCACAUAUACAACAUUGGGUUCUGGAUUUUCUACAUUUUUAACUAUAGCUGUGUCUGUUUUUUCAAAAUUAAGGCGAGGCUUAGGGUCAGCAAAUACUUCUUUUGAUGUUGUAGCCCAAAGAGUAUAGUAACUGUCCUAUACAGGAAAAGAGAGCCCACUCGCGCGAAAUCUGUCAACCGAGGAGUACUAGCGCCGUCUGGUGUCGUUUCGCCACAAUAUUGUGAGAAUGUGUGCGUGCGUAUACACAUGCACCUCUACAUAAACACCUAUGUUCAUGGUAAUUCAUUACGGUUUAUGUACUAGGAUUAAUUAUCAACAACCAACUGUGAAUUAAACAUUUGAAACAUUUUUAAAAGAUAACUGCAUAGUAACUAAAAGCUUCAAAUGUUUAAUUUAAUAGUCGGUUGUUAAUAAUUAAUCCUAAUACAUAAAGUGUGCUUCAUAAUUUGUAAAUAGGAAUUAAGUAUAAUGUUUUAACGUGAAUUAAAUUAAACACAAAUAAUUAGUACAUUAUUCUAUAUUUUUUGAACUUAAUGAAAAUAAAGGAGAUUGAUAAAGAUUUAACAUAGUUUUGACAAUGCAACACAUAAAACUAAUAUUUUUAUUCUAAUGUUUAAAUCAUUAUAUAUUAAUAACACAGUGUCUAUACAAAAAUAGUAAAUUUCAUUAUUUUAAUAAAUGAAUCAUAACAAACUUUAACAUUACAAAAUGUUAAGCUAAUAUCAUAAGGGUAAACUUAAACGGCUAUGAAUAAAUCCAAAGCUGUAAUCAUGCUUGGCAAGUGGGUUAGCAACUGCAGUUAUUAGGAAGAUCAGUCCACCUGCUGAUGUGUUUCCCUCUGUCACCUCUUACGAUGAAACCCACGGAAUGAUAAUAUGGAGUUGUGGAUAUUCUGAGACUGUCACUACACGGUAAUCCAAUAUUUUUUUACAAUAAAUGAUUCGAAACACAGCUUUAUUAUAACAAAAUAUUAAACUAAUGUCUUUAACAAUAAAUUUUCAC